CAAUAGGUCACCAUUCUAUCUUAAGGACCUUUUAACACCAGUCAGUCGGGGUUUAUAAGGCUAGGUGAAAAAUGGGUGAUGCUGCCAUGGCAGAGUUUGGGCCAGCGGCCUCCUACCUACGGAAGUCAGACAGGGAGCGUCUGGAGGCCCAGACUCGUCCCUUCGACAUGAAGAAGGAGUGCUUUGUUCCCGACUCUGACGAGGAGUAUGUGAAGGCUUCCAUCACCAGCCGAGAGGGCGACAAAGUCACUGCUCAGACUGAGAAAGGGAAGACUGUCACAGUGAAGGACUGUGAUGUCCACCCCCAGAACCCGCCAAAGUUUGAUAAAAUUGAAGACAUGGCCAUGUUCACUUUCCUCCAUGAGCCCGCUGUGCUGUUUAACCUCAAAGAGCGUUACGCAGCAUGGAUGAUCUACACCUACUCUGGCCUCUUCUGUGUGACUGUCAACCCCUACAAGUGGCUGCCAGUCUACAACCAAGAGGUGGUUGUUGCCUACAGAGGAAAGAAGAGGAGUGAAGCUCCUCCUCACAUCUUCUCCAUCUCUGACAAUGCCUACCAGUACAUGCUCACUGACAGAGAAAAUCAGUCAAUUCUCAUCACGUAA